AUAACCAGACGGAGAAAAGUUUGGAUUCAGAUACCAUGAACCCGGACAUCCUUUCCGUGUGGGAAAUGAUAGGAGCAAAGCCGUGCGGCAUGGAUAUUCCCGGGCGGCGACGUGUCGAGGCGGCGGCGCCGUGCCGGCGGCGAGGGACGGGGGAUCGGACAGGGGGUAGCCCCCGCGUCCCGCUCGGCGGCACAUGGCCGUGCGUUAGCUUUGCUUAACUCGUGUUGCCAUGGAGUCAGCGCCAGCACGAUGCUGGGUUGGGUUGGGUGGGUGCGGACGGUGCGCCCGCCCACGCGUCCGGUCGCCACCGCCCCGGCCGACCUCCUCCGGCGGGCCCCUCCACCGCCCCGCCCAGCAUGGCAAGGCAGCGCGCGCGAGCGCCAGCGAGUGACCUAGUCGAUGAGUGCUCCUCCGGCACCAGCUGCUGCCUGCUGCUGAGGCCGGCGGCCUGAGGUGGGCUCGCCACUGCCGCAGAGCAACGGCGCUGCUGUUACAAACUACAAAGGGGACUCCACCUGCGCCCCGGCUCGAAUGGCAGCCCACCACCUCUCCCACCUGCGUCCUCCCCCGCGCCCGCUCCGCUUCCCUGCCGAGACAUGGCGCCCUGCGCGUCCCCGUCCGCCCUCGCGCUUUCCUCCAGCACGCGGGUCAGCCUCCCGCAGACGCUGGCGCUGCGGCAGCGGCCGGAGGCGCGUGUCCCCCGUGCGCCCAGCGCGCUGCUCCGCCCGUCGACCGCGCGCUCGUGGUUGGGCCCCUUGCCGCCCAAGCUCGCCGCGGCGUACCCUCGUGCCGGCGCCCGCGGCACCGGCAGGGGGCCGCCGCCGUUCCGGCCUCGCGCGUUGAUGACGACGUCUCAGAUUGCCAGCGCCGCCUUCACCUGGGGCACCGUCGCCGUCCUCCCCUUCUACACCCUCAUGGUCGUCGCCCCCAACGCCAGCAUAACCAAACGCACCGUGGAGAGCAGCGCCCCCUACGUCGCGCUCGGCCUCCUCUACGCCUACCUGCUCUACCUGUCGUGGACGCCCGACACCCUGCGCGCCAUGUUCGCAAGCAAGUACUGGCUCCCUGAGUUGCCGGGCAUCGUGAGGAUGUUCGCGAGCGAGAUGACCGUCGCCUCUGCUUGGAUCCACCUCCUCGCCGUCGACCUCUUCGCGGCAAGUGUUUGCAAUGCAGGCAGGUGUACCACGACGGCCUCAAGAACAAGAUCGAAACCAGGCACUCGGUCUCGCUUUGCCUGCUCUUCUGCCCGGUUGGGAUCCUGUGCCAUGUGGCGACUAAGGUACUGGCGGGGGCAGUUGGCCGCUCACAUUGAUGAUUGGAAUUGGGUGGUUGUACGUAGGAUCCAAUUGUUUAGCUGGUGGAUUUUAUGUGAUUUGAAUAUCAAUAAAAUGAUUCAGUGCACCGAUUCUUUUCAUAUAUGGGCUCACACCAAUUAUAGGCGACUGAAUUUACUUAUUGUCAGGGUCUCCUAGCAGUUCAGGAUAGUC